AUGGUGCGUUUAAACCAGACUUUAUUUAUAAUCUCUGCUAAUUUUUUAAUAACCCAGAUGAUAUUUGCUGUCAAAUUAAGCGCAUAUACUGUUAGUGACUAAUCACUUAAAAUAUUAACCGAAUUCUGAAAUGCUUUCUCGAUUUGGAAGGAUUACUAAGGUGGGGUUUCGGACACGACAGAUCGUUUGCUUUUGAAUGCACUCCUUUUUGCUGUCGGCAAAAACCGCUUUCAGUAAAAAAACAACUAUUUAAUAAGUAUGCACUUUACUUAUUGAUUUUCUAUGUCCCUAUAACUUCAAAAAUAUUUCGUCAAAAGCACGCACAAAAAUAUUAUUUCUUGCACCGGUUCGGUAGUAUCCUACGUUUUCGUCAAAUUUUGUACUUGAAGGAAGGGUAGCUGACGGUUUUAAAGUGUUUGCAAUUAUGAGACUUGUCAUGACUGUGCAAUAUUUACACGAAUUAAUACCUCUCCUUUAAUACUAUACAUUACAGUCCGAAUCUGCUGCAAUAUUUUAUGAGCCUCUUAUGACUUUAUGAAAAUGGAAUUAAAAAUGCAUGUUUUCUCUUACACGAAAGGUAUACUGACUGAAAACGUAAAACCAAAAUGCAAUUGCAAAUUCAGUUCAGUAUUAAUAGAGGGAUUAAAAAACUUUCUAAAAACCAAAAAUAGGCUGCCCUUUAGUAUGCAUUGUUUUCUUCCAACUGAGUCCAGAAAAUAAUACGUCUUGGACGUUUUCAAUGAAAAAAACCUUUAAAUCUAUGAAGGUGUCGAAAACCAAUAGAGAGAACUACGCCAAUUGAGUAUCCAUUUUUUACCGAUCGCGGUUUUCGUAGGUGGCCAAAAAGAAGUGCCUUUAAAGGUAGCGCUAUGGUGUGUCCGAAAUAUCCGGGGAUCACGUCACAAAAUAAUUUUUCUUACAUAGCCACCUAGGCAAUGCUUCCUAAACGAAUAGGCAGUUCUGAAUUUCGGUCAAAAUUUCGUGAGAUUGGUCACUGACUGCUUACCUGUGGAUGAUGUUCUUUUCCUAGGAUCCAUUCCGCAGUGUCGCCCACCGUGAAAUCAGGUUCAACACCGACUUUCAUCUGAUAUUCCUCAAUGUGUCCUCAAAGGUUACAGUGGAUAUGACAUAUGCGCACAGCGCGGACAAUGCAACCGAUCUAAUUCUCCUUUCCGCCAUCGAAAUGUACAAUGUACCAAGCAAUGUCUCACUGUCCGCUUUGACGAGUCCCAGCCGCCUAUCUUCCAUAUGGGCAAAAGUAGUCCUGGAUGAUAUAGAAAGCUGGGUAAAUGAAGCAGCUUUGCACUUGAAACCAUUGUAUUGCUAUUACUAGGUCCAGAACAUGCCUGUACGCUUUCUGGCUUUCCCUUCUGAAUCAAUGCUCCCACCUAUGCCUAUGUUUGAAUGUACAGCGCUUGUUUUAAAAUACUCAAGUUGGUUUUGAUUUAAAACCAUGGAUGGCUCCAUGGGUUGCGUAAUACUCGACUAUUACAUUGCAGUAACUUCACUGUGAUAAGCGCCAAACCAUAUUUUAAACUGUCGUCUAGCAGAAGGGGGGCGUCAACAAAUUUCUAUCGUAAAUAUUCAACUGAAAACAACGACAGUCUAAUUCACUAUUUAUUUUCUUUUCCUAAGUUCUCAGAAUAUUCCCAUGAUACGUCUUAAAAACACAAAUUGACACACCCCCAUGCGGUGUUUCAUCAUCAGACCCAUGAAGUUAUACAAAGGGUGAAAAUAGGACACGUUGACGGGGUUUAUAAGUGUCCUUAAUGUUGGUAGCACUCAUCGUUCCCAUGCUGCCUGCAUUACGAUGUUGGCCUGUUGUGAUCCUUGGCCCGGGGGGAGAGGGGUUCGGGGCAGACUGUGAGCGAUGUUUGUUGGUCGAGAACGGGGAACACUAUUGGCUGUCAUUUUGGGAUAAAAGGGGACGCUGCAUUGCGCUCUUUCGCCCUCCCUCAGCAGGAGGAUUUUGGCUCGAAUUGUGACUUUGUCAAUGUCUUAAGUUAAGGCGUAUUUUUUCAAAGAUAACGAAGAUGUUGCAUACUUCCUUUUUGUUAUUCCCCACCAGGCUGACCGUUUUUUAACAUCACCUUGUCUUUCGUGUGCGCAAAGAUUUAAAGACCUAGACGCUUGCACUAGAAGAGCGUUUUGCGAGCAUACGCGUGCUUUCAAUAAAUUCUCACCAGGCCAGUUCAUUAAUAUGGGAACGAGGUACAAACUGAAACGUGUGAGCGAUAAGAGGAAUCGAUUAAGGUUCGUUCUUUCAUACAAAUGGGGUAUGUGGACAGAGUGGGGAAGGGAUGGGAGAGAAGAGGCAGUCAGUGGCAUUGAGGGUUAGGUUGAGUCGUGCCACAGGGGAGGAGGGAAGGGGGCGGGGGCGCGGAGACCUGCAUACAGCUAACCGAUGCUUGACCACGGCAGACGCGGAGCGUGCAAGAGAUUCAUCUGCGCGCACAGGACCGGCCCCUGUAGCCUGCUGGCAGUCGCUUCUGCUAUCGCUGAUCGGCGUUGACCCAGUCGCUUAGGUUAUUUAGAUGGGACCUUGUAAAUCACACGGAAGGCUUCGUUGGGAUCAACACGGUGGCCAGAAUCAACCAUGUGUGCGAGGAUGAAGUUGUUUAUGUUCUUAAAUUCACCUUUCCUCAGCCAUGCCAACAGGUGUUCUCGUAUUCUUGUGGAUAGGCGCCGACUCGUACGACCAAUGUAGCCUGUCCCAGAGAAGCAAGUAAAGGAGCAAAUGCAGAUGGAGGCGGCCUGAACUGAUAGCCUGUUCUUACCUUCCCGGUGUGUAAGAUGGGGUUGGUCGAAAACAAUGCUUGAACUCUUGCUGCCGAGAAGGUCCGUGAAACGGCUUCGUCAAGGUGCUUUAUCAGGACCUUACUUGCCGCGUCCCCUUGAAAGGGGACGUUGAGGAACAGAGUUUUCUUUUCUGCUACCGGUAUGAUGCGUUCUGCCGGUCGUUCGGCAAGAUUACUUACAAUGCAUCUGCCAGGAUAUUCGUCCUCGUCCUGCAUUCUUUUAAGUUGCUCAUCAACGCUAUGCGCCGAACAGAUGUUUCUAGUCCUUUGCGCAGAACAGCGGACUAGAUAACAAUUCUUUUGAAGGGGUACGGAACUGUAGAAGUUCGUAUUUUGCUCAGACCAGGUAUUCUUUCGAAUGCUGCCUUCAGCUCUUCUGCUUAGGCGAGAGUCCAGAAAAGGCAGAGGGUCUGACCCUUCAACAUCCAACGUACACCUGAUGGACGAAGGUGCUUGAUUUACAGCAUCCAAGAGGGUGGUUAUGUUGGUUUCUCUGGUGGAAAUUUUAAAUGAAGGGAUUUAUUAACUUUGGGCCUCCAAACCACCUAUAAAGAAAAUGUCUCGUUAAGGAAAUUAUUUCACAAAAUAGUAAAAUUUUAUUUGAGUUUCAGCAAGGACUUUGCCUGCUCCGGUAACUUAUCUUCUUGAAUCGUGCUUUCUAAUGCAUUUUUGAACUUCAUUUAAAUGACCAAAUUAAAGAAUAAAGUAUUAUUCUUGCUGAUGUAGUCUACUUGA